GGCAGCGGCUGCAGCUGCGGCGGCGCGCUCGGGGCCCGCGUCCGGGGCGCCCGCGGGUCGGAGCUGCUGGCGGAGCCAUGUACCGCAGCGGCUCCCGCCCCUCCGUCUCCUCACACCGGCCUAAGGACGGCGGCCCGCGCAGCAGCCGCAGCUCCGGCUCCUCGUCAGGCUCCGUUCGUCGCACUUCGCCGCCACCGCUCUCCUCCUCGUUCCGUCGGACCCCGACUCGCCGGCCCCGCUCGCCUUCAGGGCACCGCGGCCGCCGGGCCUCGCCGUCUCCCCCGCGGGGUCGCCGCGGCUCCCCGUCCCCUCCGCGGGCCCGUCGCGGUUCCCCGUCGCCACCGCGGGGCCGACGGCUCUUCCCUGCGGGCUCGUCCGGCUACCGAGGCAGCAGCCGAGGGGAGUCCCGCGCUGACUUCGCCCGGGACGGCCGCGGAGACCAUUCAGGCGACAGCGGCAGCCGGAGGCGCUCUCCUGGUCUACAUUCUGACUCUCUGGAACAAAGCCUAAGGAUCACGGUGGGCAAUGACCACUUCUGUGUUAGCACCCCUGAACGGCGGCGGCUUAGUGAUCGAUUGGGGUCACCAGUGGAUCAUCUGGAGGAUAUGGAAAGGGAUGACCUGACAGACGAUUCUGUCCUCAGUCGAAGCUCCCAGUGCUCUCGUGGUCCUGAGCGAUAUAUUUCCCGGGAGGAGGGACCACUCAGCCCCUUCUUGGAACAACUUGAUGAGGACUACAGAACAAGGGAGGCUUUUUUGCAUCGUUCUGAUUAUAGUCACCACAUUGGUGGUCGUGAUGAAUUCUUGCGGGGGACAGGGCGGAAUAGAGACAAAGUUAAAGACUCAUACUCUGUACGAUCUGAGGAAAGGAGCUGGGAGGCCAAAAGGGCCCGUUACGAUGAUGCUGAGAAGAUGCACAGCACAGGUGGGGAACACCCAAGUUAUACCUCGGGGACUCGAAACUAUCGACAGCGGAGACGGAGCCCAAGUCCAAGGUUUCUAGAUCCUGAGUUUCGAGAGCUGGACCUUGCUAGGCGAAAGCGAGAGGAAGAGGAGGAACGAAGUAGGAGCUUGAGUCAGGAGCUGGUGGGAGUUGAUGGUGAUGGCACUAGCUGUUCCAUCCCUGGAUUGUCAGGUGUCCUAACAGGAUCAGAGCCAGGAUAUUCUUUGCAUCGGUCUGAAGAAGUAUCUCUGAUGCCCAAGAAGUCCAUUCUUAAGAAGCGGAUCGAGGUAGGUGUGGAACCUGCAGCUAAAUUAAUUAUUUGUCUUUUGCAGCUUGAGAAUUUUUCCAGCAGUACCAGCUCUAGCCAGGAUCAUCCUCUCUACUCUUCACACCCAUCUCUUCCACUAAGUGGUGAUAUUGCUGCAUUUGCCUCAGAGAUUGAGAACAAGGGGACUAUAGUAGAGACUGCCUUAAAGGAACGUCAGGGUAGCCUCUACCAAUGGGGUACCCUCCCUGGGAUGCCCAAAGACAGCAGUCCUCACAGAGAAAAAUUUGGUAGUUUUCUCUGUCACAAGGAGAAACUGGAUAUGAAGGCUGAGGGACCUGAGCGGAACACAGACUUUUUGCUGCCUCAUGAGAGAGCUAGCCAGGAUGGCAGUGGUUUUUCCCGCAUUUUGAGCAUGUUAGCUGAUUCUACUAGUACGCAAGAAAAAAGGCGACGUAGCUUUCCUGAUAUUGAGGAUGAGGAGAAAUUUCUCUAUGGGGAUGAAGAAGAGGAUUUAAAAGCAGAGUCUCCACCAAAGCCCUUUGAGAGUGAAAAUAUGAUGCAGAAGGCAAACUCCCUACCCUCUUCAGCUCCAACUGUGAAGCUAGAAUCCCUAGAAGAGACCAAUCCAGAAUAUGCCAAGAUUCAUGAUUUGCUGAAGACCAUAGGGCUGGAUAUUGGUGUGGCAGAGAUCAGCAAACUGGCUGCGCGUACCCAGGAACGACUUCAUGGCAAGAAGCCAUCAUCUCGCUCCUCAGUUGACCGGCGUUCCUCAGUUGACCGACAUUUUUCAGCUGAUCGCUGUUCUUCAGUGGAUCAUUGUUUCUCAGCUGAUCGACGUUCCUCCGAUCCCCAUAGACUAGAGAGCAGGGAUGCGCACCAUAGCAGUAUCCACUCUCCGGAGGCAUCCCAUCCACACCCAGCCUCCCCUGUGGAUCCUUACCUGCUCACACAAAACAGCCCUCCAUUCCUCAAAUCUGACCAUCCCUUGGGUCAUAUAUCAGGACCAGACGUGGUUGGUAGUGGCUUUCGGUCAUCUGCAGUCAGGUGCCUGUUACCAACAGCCUCUUCUACCCCAAUUAGACUUUCACAUUCUGCUUCUUUAUCUCAGUUUCAUAUGCCAAGGACCUCUCAGUUUUCUGCAGCCCGGAUAUCUUCAAACUACCAGGGAUCUGCCAUACCCUCUUCCUCCUUUGAUGCCUAUAGGCACUAUAUGGCAUAUGCAGCCUCAAGAUGGCCCAUGUACCCCACCUCCCAAACGUCAAACCACACUCUACCUGAGCCACACAGGAUAAUGCCAAUAACCAGACUAGCUACUCGUAGUCGUCCCAAUCUCCGUGUGAUUCCGACGGUUACUCCCCAUCAGCCCAAGCAGGAGGAGUCGGAGCUAGGCGGGAUUCCUGCUGCUCAAGUGCCUGUACAGAUGUCUAUCCCACCACUCAUAAGAUAUAAUCCAGAGAAGAUCUCUGAUGAAAAGAACCGUGCAUCCCAGAAGCAGAAGGUUAUUGAAGAGAGGGAAAAACUAAAGAGUGACCGGGAAGCCCGCCAGAAGAAAAUGUAUUAUCUGAGGACUGAGUUGGAACGGCUUCAUAAACAACAAGGAGAAAUGCUUCGUAAGAAAAGAAGAGAGAAAGAUGGCCACAAAGACCCACUCCUAGUGGAGGUGAGUCGGCUUCAGGACAACAUUAUGAAGGACAUUGCUGAGCUUCGACAAGAAGCGGAGGAGGCGGAAAAGAAGCAAUCCGAACUGGACAAAGUGGCUCAGAUCUUAGGAAUUAACAUCUUUGAAAAAUCUCAGAAGUCUUUAAAUGACAGUAAAGAGUCUCCAGAAAAGCCUGCGAAAGCAGAAGAAUCUAUGAGUCCAGAAGAAGUAUCAUCUUCAAACGCCUCCAACAACAAGGAAUCAAUGGUAAACAAUGAUCAGUCUGAUACGAGAAGUCCCAACUCUGCUGAAAGCCUCCAGUUGGCUGCUAUGCAGUCAGAUCAGCCCACUGCUACUUAUGAGUAUUAUGAUGCUGGCAAUCACUGGUGCAAAGACUGCAACACCAUUUGUGGGACUAUGUUUGACUUCUUCACCCAUAUGCACAAUAAGAAGCAUGCACAGACACUGGAUCCCUACAACAGACCUUGGGCUUCAAAGACCCAGAGUGAGGCCAAGCAAGAUACUGUAAAGCGCAUUGACAAGAUAACUGUCCCUGCAAAAGGCUCUGAGUUUUUGAUUCCCAUCACUGGAUUUUACUGCCAGCUCUGUGAGGAAUUUUUGGGGGAUCCAAUUUCUGGAGAACAACAUGUAAAAGGUCACCAACACAAUGAGAAAUACAAGAAAUAUGUGGAUGAAAACCCAUUGUAUGAGGAACGACGGAAUCUGGACCGCCAAGCUGGCUUGGCUGUAGUUCUAGAGACAGAAAGACGACGACAGAAUGAACUAAAGCGUAAACUUAGUGAGAAAUCAAAGGAAGAGAAGAAAGAGAAAAAGGCAAAAGUUGUGAAAGAAACAAAGGAUGACAAGGAUUCUGAAGAAUUGGAGGACCAACUCUCUGAGGAUGGCAGCUCUCCUGAAAAAACUGAGAAGAAGAAGAACACUAGCAUGAAACUCCAGCUAAAAGAAGAGAUAAAGAAAGAGUCACCAACAUCAUCUUCAUUUGGGAAAUUUAGUUGGAAGAAGACAGAAAAAGAGGAAGAAAAAAUUUCAGUGGUACUCCCAAAUGUCCCUAGAGAAGAGAUAGUGGAAAGUAAUAAAGACAAAGAAGAUGGUAAAGCUGAAACUGGAAAGGCAAAGCCCAUCAAAAUCAAACUCUCUGGGAAAACUGUUGUUGCACAUAGCAGUCCUUGGAUGCCUGUGGUGACAACUUCAGCACAAACUAAGAUCCGACCAAACCUGCCUAUCCCAUCCACAGUACUUCGCAAGUCCAGUUCAAUCACAGUGAGCAAACCUGCACCUCUUAACACAUUUCUCUCCAUCAAGUCCUCUGGAACUACUGUCAAGCCCCUGCCAGUUGUUAAAGAAUCUUCAGCUGAUCUCGUGUUGCCACCAGAUAUCAUCUCCAAAGCAUUUGGAGGGGAAGAGGUGAUUCUAAAAGGAUCACCAGAAGGAAAAAUGGUGGCUGAAAAGAAUGAAUCAUGCCAUGUACCUGAGCAAAUGCUACCACCUCCUCCUCCACCACCACCACCACCACCACCACCCCCGCCACCACCCCCGCCAGUUGUACCUCAUCCAGCUGCUCCGACUCAAGCAAAUACUGUCUUGGCUUCAGUAAAAUCGAACCUAGUUGUAUCUCAGACUGUCAGUCCUGGCUUCCUGGGCCCUAACAUUUUGAACCCAGUGUUGCCUGUAGCCAUCAUGGCCUCAGCACAGCCAGCUGCCAUUCCUUCUGAUGAGACAGCUCCUGGGGUGAGUGAGAGUGACUGGGAUCAGACCCUAUUCUCUGUGUUAGUGCGUCCUCCACCACCCCUUUCAAGUGUGUUUAGUGAACAAGCCAAAAAAUUGGAAAAGCGAAAUUCAUGCUUAGCCACAGCCAAUGCCAAAGACUUAUAUGGCAUAUUCUACAGUAGUGGUGGGAAGGGGGCACCUGAGCCUAAGCUGAGUGGUGGUCCAUUGACCAAUGGGGAAAAUAGCAGCUUUUCUAGAACUGAAAGUUCAGACACUUCUUCCACUUCUACAUCCCAAGAAGAGUUACCUCAACAUAAGGGUUCAGCCAUUGCUCCUGUAGUCAGCAGCACUGAAAAGCCCAUUGCAAAAACUCUGGUGUCCCUAGGGAAAUGGUCACCUGUAGAGCCUGGAGACCCAAAAACCAGAGGCAGUAGCUAUGGCUUUUUGCAACCUUUGACAAGGUUGUGCCAAAGCAGACCUUGUGAAACUAUUACCCCAAAGCCAGACACUUCAGCAAAGUGGACUUGUAGCUCCUUCCAGAUUGAUACUAAAAAGGAUGUAUCUCCAGAGGUAAAACUUGAGCUUGACCAAGGAGAUCCAGGGCCACCUGGUGUAGAAACAGCUGCUCAACAGUCAGAUACACAGUGUCAUACCAAGGACCCUCAGAAGUUUGUAGAAAUUCACCUCAUAGAAUCUGGUAACCAGAAUAAGGAAAGCCAGGACUGUCAUGCUGAAGAAUGUGGAGAAAGUAAGUUGGGGACAAAUAAUGAACUAAAAGGAAGAGUAGCAACUGAAGUGAGAGGAGAUCACGAUCUUGACUCCCACAGCUUGGAAGAUUCUAAUGUGAUCUAUGGAAAGCCAUACACAUGGAAAGGAGAAGCAGAGCCGUCCAAGAAAUUCAUGACAGGGAGUGAAACUCCAGGUAAAGCAGUGAUUGAAUUAGGUGCACAGGCUCUCUCAUCCACAAAGAAAAAAAUAGACUCUUUUCCAUCAGAAGCUAGAUCUUCAACCCAAAGCCCACAAGAUCUAACUGUGAAAAUUUCUGCUCCAGAAAUACUACUUCCAUCCUCAGCCAGAUCAGAUAUAUGUUUAACAGGUAGUGCACAGGAGCAAGGAUUUUCAGCUGGUAACAAGGAGUGGCUAGAAAAUUCAACUCCAGAAUCAGCUUCCAGAACCUCUAAGUACAGAAACCUCAAACUCAAGAGAAAAAAAAGGUCAAAAGGCUUUCGUGGUAAAAUGACCUAUGACCUGGCUGUUUGGAAUGAGAGCAAAAAGAGAACAGAGAGCUGGGUAGGUCCUGAAAAACCAGAAAUGGAAGCUGUGGAGCUGCGAGAUGUCCGUCCAGAAUUAACGGUGACAAUAGAAAACAAAGCCUUAGAUGAUUUCAGAGGUGCGGACUUAAAGGUAGAGGAGAUUGCCGCCCUGGGAAGCCUGGGGGAUAUAUGUGCUGAUUUUUGUGAUAGUGAGAUAGAUCCAGCUUGUAGAUCCCCAAAUGCCUCAUCUCAGAAAAUGUGUGAAGAAAAUUCUGUAUCAUCUGUAGGUUGUAAAUCCUCUACUUCCACCGACUUUAAACCGAUUCCAUCUUUUUCUGGGUUUCCACGAGAGUCUCCCAAAUCCCUGGUGCUUAAUUUUGAGACAAAGGGUGUACAAAAUUCAUCUAAUCCUAAAAGUGGGAGGAUUACUUCUAACAUUAUGAAAACUGGAUUUCCUGUGGAAAAUGUUGACCGAGGCUUCGGAAGUCUAGAGGGAACCCACCAGGCCCUUGACCUAUUAGCAGGUGGAAUGAUGCCUGAAGAAGUAGAAGAAACUUCCCAAUUAGAAAAACAGGAGUCACUCAGAUUAGAAGCAGAAGCAGUUAAUCCUGCAGGCCUUGGGCCAUCUCCUUGCCUUCCAGACCUUGUUGACUUUGUCACACGGACAUCAGGAAUUCAAAAAGACAAAGUAUGUUCUCCCCUGUCUGAAUCAGGUGACCUUCCUAAUUGUAGCUCUCUGGAUAUGGGACCACUGCAGCCUGAAAUUCUGAAUACGUCCAUCGCAGAGGCAUCAGUUUCUCAAAUAGAUGAAAACGGUGACAACUCUUUGAAUUUGGGAACAAUUCCAGCUUCAAGGUCACCUCCAAGGGAGCAGAUCAUUGGAGCCAAUGAGAUCCCUCUGGAAAUGCCUGAACAACAAGGUUCAGUUGAUGUCAUUCAGGACUAUACAAAAUCCAGUACUUGUGACUAAGAAUAUACACCCAGAGCUACUUGUAUAUAAAUCAGAUUCUCAGAUGACCCAGGAUUUGUUGGCAAUCUCAUCUAAAACCUACACCAAGAAAUGAAGUCAACAUCUUAAGUAGAUGUUCAUGGAAGCUAAAAAAAAAUGUACCUCCUUGCCCUCUUAAAAUCCAAGACAAAUUAAUCAUAACUUCUAUACAUAUUUGUAAAAAUAAUUAUUUUUGUUUGCUUUUUUGGUCAAUUUAUUUCUCCUACUUUGUCAUUAAAAUCUGAUGUCUAUCUGUCUCACCAUAGUGUGCUUUGAUUGUAUUUUGGCUAUGAUGCUGCCAUUUCUGGAAUGUGGGGGAGGAGGGAGAAAGAGAGAUGACUUUUCCAAUUGCUGUGUUGUAUUCUUACCCAAUUUUCUGGGCAGCUUAUGGAUCUCUGGGACAAACACCAGAAAGUUUGCCAAAAUGGAAAGCUUCUGAUGAAGAAAGAAUUAUUCAUCUCUAAGGCUUCCAUUUGGAUAAGCCUGCCUUAACAUGGUUUGUUUACUGUUUACUUCCUUCAUUGUCAUGUCAACUCCUGCACUCUCCUACUCUGUUACCUGAGAUGCUCCUGCUAACUCACAAACCCGUUGGGAAAUGACCUCAGUAAACAGGGAAGAGAAUCUGGCAGGCUCACUUUGGAAGACAGCAAUCGGUAAGGCUUAUUCACAGCCCAAUGCCAGGAGCAGAUCUGCUUUUUUGGUCACUUUUAUUUUUGAAAUGGCCUUUGUCCAUUGUAUUGUGGUCUGGUGACACUCUGUAUUAAAUUAUUUAGCAGCUAUUUCUGUUCCAAAGCGAUAGACUAUCUGAAAAUUGUUGUGGAAUUGUACUCAUUAUUUGUUCUACAAACCCAUGUGUAUCCCUCCUUCUACCUCUCCUUUUCCCAGGUAGUUUCUACCAUAGUGUGACGUUUUGGGUUGUACAUUUUGUUAAAAAGAUUAAAGAAUUUAUGAGUUGACUUGGAAAA